GUUUAUACGAGUCGCCGAAUAUAAAUACCAAAGACGAAGUUAAAAAGCCAGUAGUAGAGAAGUGGAACCAGUAUCGUGAACUGUACCCUACCUUGCUACUCCUGAGAAGGACCCUCUGACGGCUGUUUUUGUUCGAUACAUCAUGGAACUUGCUGAGGAUUAUCUUGCUUCAAGCAACAUGCAAAAUCGCGAUACCAGCGAACUAAUUGACGAGUUUAGUGCCGAAAUGUCAAAAAUGAAAGGCAAGUGCCUAGAUAUCGGUUGCGGGCCAGGCUAUAUUACCAAAGAAAUUUUAAGUCGUGUAUUACCAAACGAAUCGGAAAUAGUAGGUGCUGAUAUAUCGCAUAAAAUGAUCAAUUAUGCACGAACCUUUUAUUCUGGUGAAAGAUUAUCAUAUAUCGUUCUGGAUAUAGAAUCGGAUCUGCCAAGUGAUCAAAUCGAGCAAUAUGACAAUAUCAUAUCGUUUUAUACGAUGCAUUGGACCUAUGAUAUAUGCAAAGCCUUCCAAAACAUUUACAAGCUUCUGCGACCGGAAGGAAAAGCACUAAUCAUGUUUUUAGCUCAUCACUUUGGAUUCGAAGCUUACACUCGUCUUCAAGAACAUCCGCAGUUCCAGCCUUAUCUUUACGAUGCGCAUCGUUAUGUGCCUUACUUUCAGAGAAAAUGUGCCAAAAAUAUGAAAGCGAGUCUACAAAAGAUUUUGGAAAACAUUGGCUUCAAAAUUUUACAUUGCAGCAAAAGAGAGAAAAGUUUUCAAUAUAGUAAUAGAGAGAGCCUUAAAAAUCAAGCAAGCGCCGUAAAUCCUUUCCUCAAGAGAUUUCCAGAUGAUAAAAGCAAAGAUGAUUUUUUAGAGCAACUCAUAAAUGAAAUAUUAAAUCUGAAUGUUCAUACGCCGCUUAAAGACAAAAAUAACAAAGAUGAUAAUAUCAUAUUGAAAUAUCAUCUUUUAGUAGCAUAUGUAUCAAAACCAUCGACAUCUAAGCCGUAAAGAGCGAAAUAUAUUUUUAAAUAAUUAACGAUAAAAUUAACAGAAUUAAUCUGAUGUUUAAUAUAUAUAUAUCAAACAUUUUACUAAUACAUUUGCUAAUAUAUUAACAUCUUUUAUUUAAUAAAUA